AUGUCUAAGUGGAAGUUGUGCCGCCAAACUUUUGGAAAUGAUGAAUUUGAAUUAAAAGACGGUGAAGUAACAAUUGGCAGGGGUGUAAAUAAUACGAUAAAAUUUAGAAGUAUAAUUGUAUCCAAAAACCAUUGCUUAAUUUCUGUCAACCAGGAUGAAGUGGUUAUCACCGAUUUGAAGAGCUCCAAUGGUGUGUAUGUGGGGAAAAAGAAAAUACCACCAGGAACCCCGUAUAUUCUAAAUAAUAAUGACAUUAUAGGCUUUGGUUGGGCAACCGUAGCUCCAAAAGGAAAUAUAAAGGACCAUGAGAAGCAUGUUUACAAACUAAUCAAAAAUGUUCCACCUAAAACGAAUUUAAAACGUAAAUUAGAUACAAUAGAAAAUAUUCCCAGUGUAAGCAUUGUAGAAUAUGGUCAAAAUAGCGAAAACAGUUCAAAUGCUAGCAAUGCUGGUGAAAUGAUAAACAGAACAGCUAUUACUAGUCUUGAAGCCAGAAAAUCAAAACUUGAACCAAAUUUCAUCAACCUAACUGAUGAUCAAAACGAUAAUUUGCAACAAGGUUUAAUUAAAAAUAAACAAGAUUUUUAUAUUAUUAAUGAGGAACCUGAAAUUAUACUUAGUGACAGUGAUUACGAAGACGAGCAUAGAUACGUGAGAAUAUCAGAAAGUUUACAAAAUCCUCCAAUAAAAAUGGAAAAAGAAGAUAGCUCCAAUGAAAAUUUUAGCUACAGUCAACCAGAUGAUGCUAUUGAAGUAGACUCAGAUGAAGUUGAAGAAAUAAAUGAACCUGAACAACUAGAAAAAACACCAUAUAAAGAAUUACCAAAGGAUGAUACAAACAAACAAUGUAUUGUUUUUGAUGAAAUAAAAAACAGUGAUCACGAUGACAUUGUUAUUUACAACAGACCAUCUAAAAAUAUUAAUCUUCAAGCAUUCGAACAAAUUGAUAAUAAUUCAAAUACAGUGACAAAAUCACAAAUACAAGAAAUUAAUAUAUAUUGUGGAGACAACAAAGAAUCUCAUGAACCAAAAAGUAUAGCAGAAACAAGUUCAGAAGAAAAAAGAAUUGAAGAAAAAUCAUCAAAAAUAAUUCCUACUUCUAAAGUAUCUGCUUCAAUACUAAGUAAGACCAUAGCUACAAAAAAAUCAAAGGAUGAAGUAAAAAAAUCAAAAUCUAAGAAAAAGAAAUCUAAUUCUCUGAAGAAACCCACUCUAACAGAUUCUCAAAAAAAGAAAAGGAGACAGAAACUUAAAGAAAUAUGUGAAAAAGAAAUUCGUCCAGUGAUAAUAGAGUCUAUCGUUAAUUCAAAAAUACAUGAAAAUAGUACACAUAGUAUAAGUACAGACAAAACACAGAACUCUAAAGAUAUUCCUACACUACCGGAGAUUGAACAAGCUACAAAAAAAUCAAAGGAUGAAGUAAAAAAAACAAAAUCUAAGAAAAAGAAAUCUAAUUCUCUGAAGAAACCCACUCUAACAGAUUCUCAAAAAAAGAAAAGGAGACAGAAACUUAAAGAAAUAUGUGAAAAAGAAAUUCGUCCUGUGAUAAUAGAGUCUAUCGUUAAUUCAAAAAUACAUGAAAAUAGUACAAAUAGUAUAAGUACAGACAAAACACAGAACUCUAAAGAUAUUCCUACACUACCGGAGAUUGAACAAAUCCUCACAUGGAACCCUAGUUGGCUUGAGGAACAAAAACAAACAACAAUACCGCCUCCUAUAUUAAGUGAUGAAAAUGCACCUCUGACAUUAUUUUUAUCAUUCGACAACUAUAAGCGCUAUGUGAGACAAAUGGAAAAUUUAUUACUCAUAGAAAUAUGGGAAUGUCUCACACAGGAGUAUCUGAAGGAAAGGAAAUAUAUAAAUCUUCAAAUUGAAACUUUACCCCCCAAGCCACCUCAGGAGAAGUCUUGUGCGUUAUUUACCAUAACUGUUAAAAAUAGAAAAACAAUUGUUCUAUCAUGCUACGUUACUUACUCUGAUCUGUUUGAGAGCUUACAACCUGGCGAUGAAUUGACUGGAGAUAACAUAACUUAUAUACAUAAAAAAUUAGCAAUGUUUGAAGCUAUGGAACUAUUGGAGAAAUCACCUUUAAGAGAUGUUAUAUUGAAACCUGAACCCUCGCAGUAUACUGAUAUUGAUAGAAAUAAGUUCAAAUUCACAGAAUCACAGUGGACGGCGUCGUUGAACGACAGCCAGAAGCGUGCCGUAGCGGAGUCUGUUAGCGCCGCUCUUGAUUCCCAGCCAGUGUUGAGAAUGAUCCAAGGACCGCCGGGGACCGGAAAGUCUAAAGUGAUAUGCUCUAUCGUGAUGGCGUACUUCUAUGGAAAUUCAAUGAAAAAGCAAAGUAAAAGGGGCAAGAUAUUGAUUUGUGCGACAAGCAACGCGGCUGUCGACGAGCUGGUUAUCAGGUUAUUAAACUUGAGAAAUACACUAGUGGAAGAAGAACGUUUCCGUCUAGUCCGUGUUGGACGUCUGGAGUCCAUGCACCGUGACGUCAGAGACGUCAGCACACAGACGCUGGCUCACAAACACGCGCGGAGAGAAGAUGAUAGUGACGUCACUAAGGAGAUUGCUCGUAAUCAAGCCAUAAUCGAUAGAUGGAAGGCUGAGAAGGCGACCGACCCGGCCAGGGCCGCCUACUGCCACGACCGCGCCAAGUACUUCGCUAGACAGAUAGAACUGCUGCGCGGUGGCGACGUCCGUCCCGGCCGUUUGAUGGAUGUUGAGCGUCGGUUGGUGGAAGAAGCCGACAUCGUGGCCACAACCCUCGCCAGCUCAGUCAACCACAAGAUGCGGGGGUUGAGAGCUAUCGAACUUUGUAUAGUGGAUGAGGCGGGUCAGGCCAUUGAACCCGAAUCGUUGCUGCCUCUGAUGCUGGGAGUCAACAAGAUGACGCUCGUGGGAGACCCGCAGCAACUACCGGGAUACAUCCGUUCAGAGCGAGCCAAGACCCACGGUCUGGACAGGAGUCUGUUCUCGAGGCUGGCCGAGUACAGUGCGUGUUGGGAACGACGGCCGCUAGUGUUACUGGACCGACAGUACAGGAUGCACCCCGCCAUCGCCGACUACCCCAACAGAGCCUUCUAUGGGGGGAGGGUGCAGUCCGAACCCCCGCCGACACCCUCGCUACACCUACCACCCUACUGCAUACUGGAUAUACCGGGCAGUGAACAUGACGAGGCGUGGGGCGCGGCCCGGGUGGCGCUGGCGGUGUACUCGGCGGCUCGAGCCCACCAGCCGCAGCUGUCCGUGGCCAUCAUCACACCGUACGUCGCGCACAGAGACUUGCUGAGGAAGUACCUGCUGGAACUAGACGAGUGUGGUCGUGGCGUGGAGGUGAACACGGUGGACAGUUUCCAGGGUCAGGAGCGGGACCUGGUGGUGGUGUCCCUGGGCAGGAGGCAGGGGGUCGGCUUCCUGGCACACGCGGGACGGAUGAACGUGCUCCUCACACGAGCCAGACACAUGCUCAUACUGUGCCUCUAUAAGAACGCUGUAGAUGUACGACACUAG